UGGAUCGUCCACUGGGAUUUUUUCGGAAAAACUGUCGAAAAAAAAUUAAGUGAGAUAAAAAGUUUUUGGUUUGGAGAACAAAGACCCCCAAGAUAAUGGACAAUUGCCAAAAUCAGUCCACGGAAGCGAAAUCCGGGGCUGAGUGUCAAAAUUCACUGAACAAAAAUUCCCAGCAUGCUGCAACCGGGAAUAUUUCCAACGUCCUGGCCACAUUGGAGGCUCUCAAGUUGGAUUUUGAGAGGAAUUCCGUGCCAGAGGGAGAAGUUUUUGGUAAGGAAGACUUGAAGUUGUGUGUGAAUGUUCCAGAGGAGGAAUCAGCAGAUGAAGAAGUUGUUGAGUGUCCAGGAAAGAAUCCUGGGAAGAAGAAGCGCACCAGGUCAAAGAAGAAAGGGAAGAAGAGUAGGAGUUCAGAUGAGAGAUCUGUUGUUGAAGUUGAUAAUGGGUGUGUGAAUGGAGCCCUUCCGGAAUUGCUGACUGAGGGAAAUAUCCUGAUUCUGCAGCUUCUGUCGAUGGAUGCGGAAGAGAGAGAAGAGUAUCUGAUGAAAAGUGCCCUGGAGAGGAAUUUGCUGGUAUUUCUGGGCAAUGGGAAUCGGACAAAGUUGGAAAUAAAUCCUGUGAUUUACAAUUACUUGAAGAAAAGUCGCCACAAUGGGGAACACGUGAAGAUGCAGAGGCUCCGGGAGAUUGUCAAAACACGGAGACAUGCCACAACAAAAGGUGAGAAAGAGCAGAAGGAUCAUCGGGAGAAGGGAAAAGGAAAGUCUCCGCGGAAGUCUCUGGAAAUGUCAGAGAUUGAGGAGAAAUACCUUGAAGUUGUUGAGGCAGAGGCUCAGGGACCAGCUAAAAUCUUGCCAGAUGCCAAGCUCACGGAAUCCCUCAAAGCUUUUGCAGCAGAAGUGGUCAGUGCGAAGAAAGGGACACUGAUUGAGGGAGAAAUCCGGGUCAGCGUGAAGAAUUAUCACAAUUCCUACAUGGCCAAUCCGACUGGAGCGAAGGACAUCAUCUUCCGGUCAUCUCUGCUGAGAAGACAUGCCCUACCCGGAGAUCACGUCCUUGCCCUGAUCUUCAAGACAACCGUCCAGGAAACAAAGGCAGAAGCCUCUCUCGAGGACGAAGCCCCGGAAGAGGAUGACGAUGACGAGGAAGAAAAGAAAACUUCCGAAAGCUCCUCGAAAGCUCCCGAGGAGCCCGCAGAGAUUGAAGAACGCGAAGUUGGCGUUGUCAUUGAGAUCCUGAAAGAAGGACACAAUCGUCUAAUCGUUGGGACUUUCCAGCGUCCAAUCAGCAACAGCAAUCUCCUGACCCCACGAGAUUCGCGUCUGCCACGUGUCCGGAUCACCACGGAUGAUCUGAUCCGUGGAAUGAGUAGGAGCAACAAGAUGAUGAUGAAUUUCAUCUUCCUGGCCAAGAUCAUGUACAGCGCCGUCGGGGAAGUGGGAGGGAAGCUGCUGAGGAUUGUGGGGCAGGUGGGAGAGCUCGAGAGCGAAAACAGGGCCAUUCUCAUGGCCAAUGACCUCAAUCCCGAGCCCUAUCCAGCUGAAUUGCUGGCACAGCUGCCGUCGUUUGAGAUCCGUCCGGAGGAUGUCCGGAAGCGACUGGAUCUACGCACAAACACUUGCAUCUUCACCAUUGAUCCAUUGACUGCCAGGGAUCUGGAUGAUGCCGUUUCCUGUGUUCAGGUGGACAAGGACAUCUUCGAGGUUGGUGUUCACAUUGCCGAUGUUGCUCACUUUAUUCCCGAAAACUCUCCUCUGGAUAUGAUCCUGCGAAACAAAACCACCAGCAUUUACAUGGUGGACACUGUUUAUCACAUGCUUCCUCUGCCAAUGUGCCUUGCCUGUUCCCUGUUGCCAGGUAAGGAUCGUCUGGCCUUCUCUGUCUUUUGGCGCAUUGACUCCUCGGGGAAGGUCCUCAAGGAGCGCAUUGCCAAGACAGUGAUCAAAUCCUGCACGCAAUUAGCCUACGAACAUGCUCAGAGUAUAAUCGAUCGUCCUGGACAGAGUUUGACUGCUAGGGACUUUCCCUUAAUAGUUAGUCAGAAGUUUCAGUUGCAGGAUGUCGUGGAGAGUGUGAGGACUCUCCAUCGGCUGUCGAGGAAGCUGAGGGCGAAAAGAUUGGAGGCUGGGGCAGUGAAGCUGGAUCAGCCAAAGAUAGGCUUUCAGCUAGAUCCGAAGACGGGGCAACCACAGAAGUUCCACCGGGAGGUUAUAAAAGAGAGCAACGAGUUGAUUGAGGAAUUCAUGUUGCUGGCCAAUAUUACAGUGGCCAAAAGGAUUCACCGAAAGUUUCCGGACAGAGCAGUGCUAAGGUGCCAUGAUAUGCCUGAUCGGCAUCAGUUCGAGAAGUUGGCAAAUGAUUUUAAGGCAGCUGGAGUUAAAUUUGAUUUAACGAGUACGUCGGCCAUUGCGUCUUCCCUGGAGAAGGCUAUUGAGGGAAGCAAGGACAAGGAAGCGGCCAAGACUAUACUGACUUGCAUGUUAACUAAGCCGAUGAUUCGAGCCAGGUACUUCUGCAGCGGACUGACGGAGAGUGAAGAUGAAUUCAAGCACUAUCUCCUCUCAAUUCCUAUUUAUACCCAUUUUACCAGUCCCAUUCGGAGAUACCCGGACAUCCUGGUGCAUAGACUUCUGGCAGCAGCAAUAAACUCCGGACCAGAACCAACCCUGAAUCCUAAUGAAGUCCACAAAAUUGCAAAUGUCUGCAAUGUUCAGAAGUACAAUGCAAAGUGUGCUGGCAAUGACAGCAUCAAUCUCUACUUCAUGAAGCAUCUGGAGAAUGUCAAGAAGCUCAAGAUGCGAGCUGCAGUCUUCAAAGUGGGACUAAGCUAUAUUGAUACCAUUCUAAUUGACACAGGUCAUCACGUGAAGGUUACAUAUGGCGGCGGCAAGGCCACAUUCAUUGACAAUGUAACGCCCAAAACAAUUGAAAUUGUGCACAAGAAGGACAACACGGAACGAAGCAUGACCCUUAGCAUUUUUUCAGAAUGUGCAGUUACUGUGACUUGCAAAAAGAACCAGCUAAAAGGGAAACUCGUAUGGUUGUGAACAAAAGUCUAAAUCUAAAGUCAUCUUUUUUUUUUAAGUGAGAACGCAUUAACACAAAAGUUUGUUUGCAGCAUAAAAUAAAAACAAAAUAAUUUAAGAUUCAAAUUUCGUGUAAAAAAAAUUAAUUUUAUGCAAAAAAAACGGAAAAAGCUGAUAAAA